CGUCCACCACAAAAAUGUAUGUUGUCCGUUGACGAUAUUUAGCAUAUUUUGACGGUGGUUUAGCAUUUAUUUUGAGUAUUUUCGCGUUCUACACUCAAUUUUUGAUAAAAUGUGGUAGCAUUGGGAGAAGUACACGUAUUUCCGCUUCGGUUGCAUUUAAUUCCGUUCACGCGGCCCUCACACUUGUUUGAUUUAACGAUACUGUUUACGGAAAAAGCGGGGGCAAUGGCAUUCAGAAUUCACGAGGAUCAAGAAAAUGCUACUUUAGGAUUGAAGAAAGAAAAUGCAGAUGUUUUUGCGGCCGCGAAUCAACGGCGUGCCCUUGGCAAUAUCAGUCACUUUGCUUGCAACCAAAACCGAAAUAUACAGCUCCCUGGAUUGUCAAAUGGACCGUGUAAAGUUCAAGAUGAGAACAGAACAGUGCGACAGAUCAAGAAUGAGAAGAAUAUUGUACCACCAGUGGAUCAAUUUCGCGCGUUUAGCGUAUAUGAGGAUAAACCAAAUGAAGUGGAGGUCAGGAGACGCGAACCUACCUUCAAACCAUUUGUUGCUAAGGAUUCCAAUACUAGGAAAGAAAACAUCUUUGUAAAUGCUGCAGGGAAUUCCAGGAAACAAGCUUUGGCAGAAAAACAACCAGAGCGGCCUAAAGAGGCACCUGUGAAAAGAUUGCCAUUGCAAGAAAAGAAAGAUGUGGUGGAAUCACCCAUGUCUGUGGGAGAAUCAAGUGUACUCUCCAUGUCUAUAUCCAGGAAUGAUAGCCAUAUCCUUAAUGACAGUCUUGAAGAUGAAGACACUAUUACAGCAAAGACUGACCGAGAGAUGUUCUUCCAUGUGGUUGAAUACAGAGAUGACAUCUACCAAUACAUGAGGGAAAUUGAGGUUAAGAAUCGGGCCAACCCCCGCUACAUGCGAAAGCAGCCAGACAUCACGCAUAUGAUGCGAUCUAUCCUCAUCGACUGGCUGGUGGAGGUGUGUGACGAGUACAACCAGCAGAAUGAAACUCUACAUCUGGCUGUGUCAUACGUAGACAGAUUCCUGUCCUACAUGAGUGUUGUUCGCACCAAACUGCAGCUUGUUGGUACUGCUGCCACAUAUAUUGCAGCGAAAUACGAAGAGGUGUAUCCACCAGAAGUGUCAGAGUUUGUGUACAUCACAGAUGACACGUACACGAAGCGCGAGGUGCUGCGGAUGGAGCACCUGAUUCUGAAAGUGCUGUCCUUCGACCUCUCCACCCCCACGGCUCUGGCGUUCCUCUCGCAUUACUGCAUAUCUAACGGCCUUUCAAAGAAGAUGUUCCAUUUGGCUUCUUACCUAACGGAGCUGUGUCUACUGGAAGCAGACCCUUACCUACAGUUCAAGCCGUCAGUGAUCGCGGCGGCCGCACUCGCCACCGCGCGGCACUGUCUGCUGUGCGACCGCUGCAAGACUGCCGACCAUGCUACUGAUGAAGAGCCGAGCCCCCGCAAGCUGGAGUGGUGCCUGCGCGUGUCGUGGAGCGGCGCGCUGGCGACGCAGACGCGGCUGCCGGCGCCGGCGCUCGAGGCUUGUCUGCGUGCGCUGUCUCGCUCGCACGCGCAUGCUGCGCUGCGUCCGUACCAGGCCGUGCCCGAGAAGUACAGCCGCGACAAGUUCGACCGCGUGUCGACGAUUCCCCCGCGGCCGAUGUUCCCGGUGCCGGCGUACGAGCCUCCGCAGCCCGCGCCGCGCCCGGACGCACACGAUCAAAGCUAGUAACACCACAUUCACCUAUGUAAGUCCUUGAUAACAACCCAUACAUGAACGGUAUAUACAUCGCACGACGUAUCCUGAUAAAGUAUAGCGAAUUUACAACGAGAACCUCUGUGGUACAUUGCGUCCUUAAGUUUGAAUAUUUCACGUUUAGCAGUAUUAGUAAAGAUUAAAAAAAAAAUCGUCCAUUUAUAUGUCACAAGUCAUGUUUGGGUUUCAUUAGUAUUUGAAAUUUUCUUCAAAAGCGCGUUGUAAUUGUCAAAUUGUUUAAGGUCUUGUGAUCCCAAUAUUGUAUGGUUAGGUAAAAUGAUUUUGGACUUUUACCCAUAAUUAUUAUUGUUUUAUUACUACAAUAAGAAUAAUUUAAGAGACGCAAAUAUUCACAGAAAGUUUCGUUUGUUUUGUGUAAUAUUAUCAAACAUACAAGUUUAGUCUACAAAAGGUAGGUCCUAUUUUAUUAUUUUAUAUGUGUAAUUGUUGUAUUUGUUGUAAUUCUCCAUAGUUUUAAUGUCUGAAAAUAAGUACUAUGAUACAUACUGAUAGAUCUUGUGAGUUUAGAUUUUUGUGUUUAUAUUUUAAUAAUUAACCUUUUCCUAUGGAAAUGAAAAUGUUAAUAUUAGGAUUCUGUAUGUCGUAGUUGGAUUCACUUUUGACGUGUGACGUUGAUAAAGCAGCAUAACUGAAAUAAAUUAAUACUAGUUUCCAAAGAAAUCUGGGCAUAUCUAAUUUCUGAUGCUAUUUCAAAUGUAUUGCUGUGUUUGCAUUUAUACGCUUACAAUUUUCGCCUUAGUACGAGUACCUAGUUAAGAACACAUUGUACAGAAUAAAUAUUAUAUAGUAGUCUAAGUAUUGCAUUGUUACCACGAAAUUGUCGUAUAAUUCGCGAUUUUCGCCAAUUUCGUGUGUGAUGAAUAUUUUAAUAUAUUUUUAUAACUUAACCUUUGCUGUGUUCAUUAAAGUCUGUAAGAAUUCCUCUUUUAGCUUAUGGAUUCUGAUAUAAUUUGACUCAAUCUCGUGCGAUAGGUAGCUAAUGUUUGUGAUCGAAGUAAAUUGGACCAAUUAAUAUUAAUGUUAAUCGUGUUUUUAAUACUAGGCGAAGACAAUAUUACAUCGUACCUUUAAAAUAAAAGUAUAGCUAGCAUAGCUCUGUUCUGUUCUACAGCUGUGUGCUCAAGACUUAUGAACUGACCGAUGUUUUUGCCAUCAUUUCCAUUUCAAUACUGUUUGUUAGUAAAUUAUUAUUUUUGAGAUAUAAGGUAUGUUUUUAAUGUUGAGAAGUAGUUUUUAAUGUAAUUUAAUAUAAUCGAUAUCUUGCUCCAGUUUUGUGAGGAGGUAGGUACUAGUAUCUUUCCUGGUAAUAUACGAUGGAAUUAAAAUAA